AUGUCUCCCUCGACCCUACCAGCUACUGGCCAAAGCAACGGCUCAUUGGAAUAUGAAGAUGUUCCACUUCUGAUCGAUGGAAUCAAGUCCAAGAACCAUUCACAAGCUGGUCUGCCUAGCGCGGUUGAAACAACGACGCCUGGACACGCUCUGGGCGGCGACCUCGCGAAGCUGUUCAGCGACAAUGUCGUAUUGAAAAUCUGGAAAACAGCCGUCGAGCAUAUUGCGCGCGAGGAUCCUCCGCAGUCGUUCCCCGAGACCUGUCCGCAGACCGGUCCCCAGGCCGGGCAGUACCAGUACCGCGACGCCGAGUUCUGGACCUGCGGCUUCUUCCCCGGCAGUCUGUACUGCCUGCUCGAGCGCUCCGUCCGGUACCCGCAGGCCUUUUUGGCGGAAGCCGGCAGCGGCGUGCGCGAGCGCGAGCGCCUGCGGACGGAGCUGCUCGCCGUGUGCCGCACGUGGUCGGAGCCGCUGCACGACAUGGCGGGCCGCAAGGACACGCACGACAUUGGCUUCAUUGUCGAGCCGGCGCUCCGCAGGGACUAUGAGCUGACGGGCAGCGCGCGCAGCUUCGCGUCGCUGGUCAGGGCGGCGGAGAGCCUGGCGAGCCGGUACAGCGAGACGACCAAGGCGAUUCGCAGCUGGGACCGCUUCGUCAACAACGGCAACAACUUCGUGGACAAGGAGUCCGAGUUCCUUUUGAUUAUCGACAGCAUGUGCAAUUUGGACCUGCUCUACUACGCCGGCCAUCACGUUUCCUCGCAGCGGCUGAUUGACAUUGCCACCAGCCACGCGCACACCAUCCGCGCCACCCAUCUGCGCCCGGAGCCGAGCAUGCCCGGCUCCAGCGAUCCCAUGUAUUCCACGUGCCACGUCGCCAACGUGUGCCCCCUCACCGGCCGGGUCCUGCAGCGGCUCACGGCGCAGGGCUACGCCGCCGCGUCGACGUGGUCGCGCGGCCAGGCGUGGGCCAUCCUGGGCUUCGCGCAGACGUACGGCUGGACCGGGGACGCGACGUUUCUGCGCACCGCGUGCGGUCUGGCCGACUACUUCCUGCUGCGCCUGCGCGAGGCCCCGGCCUGCGUGGAGCAGCGCCGCGUCGGACGACACGUGCCGCUGUGGGACUUUGACGCGCCCGUGGACGAGGCCCGGCCGCUGCGGGAUACCUCGGCCGGCGUGAUUGCGGCCAACGGCAUGCUGCUGAUUGCCCACGCCGCGGCGGCGAGCGGCGACUUUGCGCGCUUUGAAAAGUACUACAGGGCCGCUACGACGAUUGUGGACGAGACCAUGGCCUUGUGCUACGCAAAGGACACGCUGGAGCUGGUCGGGCAGGAAAGCGGUGCGGGAGGUGUCGGUGUCGUGGCCAGGCGGGCAUCUGGCUGUGCUGAGAGCCGUUUUGAUUGUAUUUUGAAGUGUGCGACGGCUAAUUUUAACGAGAAUUGGACCGACAGGUAUGCUGAUCAUGGUUUGGUCUAUGCUGACUAUUAUCUGCUCGAGUUUGGAAAUAGAUUGCUGCAGUUUGGCUAUGCUUGA